AUGCCCGAAACCGAGUACUAUGAAAGCACGUACCGGCGUGACCGUGAGCGCGACACAGCCUACUCGUCAGACGACGAUGACCGCUACAAGAAAACUACUGUGCGCCGCUACAAGGUCGGCAGCGGUGGCGACCGUGUCGAGCGCGUCGAGCGCACGACCGAACGUCACGAAGACGACUCCAGUUCCCGCCACGGCAGGCCUGCGCGGCGCUCGUCCAAUAACCUCCUCGAUGUUGACCGCCACGAUUACGUGCCGGAGCGUCCACGGUCCGCAUUUGAAGUGACCGAGACAACACGGCGCUCCGAGCGUGACCGUGAUUACUAUGGUGGCCGUGACGGAGGGAGCCGUGUUGUCUAUGAAAAGACCAAGGAAAUUGACCGUGGCGACCGUGGCGACCGUGGCGACCGUCGCAAUGAUCGUGAGACCCGCCUCCAACGACGCACCGAUGACCAGAUUGUCGUCGAGAGUUACUCUGAAGACCGCCGGGACGAUGGGCAUGGCGGCAAUGUUGAGCGCUGGCACCGGGAAACCGAGUACUACGAACCUGCCCCGGCCGCACCACAGCCUAUUGUCAUCCGUCAAGAGGCACCGGCUCCCGCUCCCAUCAUACUUCCCCGCCAGCAACCCGGCGUCGUUGUGAUCCGUGAGAAGGACCGUGACCGGGACAGAAGGGACUCCCGCCACGAUGACGAGUACUUUUAUGAACGCCGAGAGCGUCGCGAGGUUGGACCGUUCCGGGGCGGCGAAGAAGUGGCUGUCGAGCGCUACGAGCGGCGCGAAGGCGGCCAUGGCGACGAACUCGACCGCCGCCACCAACGUCACCAUCAUCGCGAUCGUCGUGACCAUGCCUCGGACGAGGAGUACUCUGAUGAUGAUUACUACGUCAAGAAAACGACAGUGAUCCGCCGUGAAAGGUCCCCUUCCACUGACAAUCAUCACCGCCUCCAUCUUGCCGAGGGUGCCCUGGCCGGUGCAGGCCUCGGUGCCCUGAUCGGCUCGCGUCGCAACACCCAAACUGGCGAGUUGCCUGAGCACCGCGGCCGCAAAGUCCUGGCGGGUGCGGCACUGGGUGCUCUGGGCACCGAAGUCUUCAAGCGUGCGCACAGCGCGUACAACGAGCGCUUUGGCGACGACGAUGGGGACUACCGCGCUCGAUCACGCUCGCGGGGUGGUGGCACCCGGUCGCGGUCUUCCAGCCGCCACCACUCCAAGCUUAAGACGGGCCUGGGUCUGGCAGCUGCUGCACUUGCCGUGGCUGGUGCGGCCAAGUACAUCCAGUCGAACCGCAUCGACAAGGAAGAGCGCAACCGUGGCCGCAGCCUGCACCGAUACAGCAGCGGCGAGGAGGAUUAUGGCCAUGGCAACCGCUCGGUGUCGCGCACCGGAACCAAGAGCCGGUCGCACUCGGUAGCCAAGGUCGCUGCGGGCACUGCAGCCGUGGCCGGCCUGGUACAUCACUUCCGCUCCAAGUCACGCCAACGUGAAGGCAAGGCACGGUCGCACUCACGGCUGCGCACAGGUGCUGAAAUUGCCGGUGCGGCCCUUGCUGGUGCUGCGGCCAAGAAGCUUUACGACAAACACAAGGAUAAGAAGCAGCUGGAGCGCGAGCAGAAAGAGGCGGCGUACUACUCGGAUGACCCAUACUCCGAAGACGACCGCUACAGCCGCCACGGUCGAGGCUCACGGUCUCAUUCGCGCAACAGGUCAGCCGCUCCGUCUCAAUCACCACCACCUCUCUCCGGCGCCACGCGCACCCCCUACCCACCUUCAGGUGCUGACCCUGAGCUAGGACUGGUUGAGUAUGGUGACCAGCCGCUGUAUGCCGACCCGGGCGCCCCAGCGGGAGAUGGCGCCAUCGUUGGCCACCGUGGUAGCUACGACAGUGCCGCGGAUGCCAGCGAGCGCGAUGACCGACGGGCACGACGCCGCCACCGGCACCCUCACAAUGACCGUGGUGGGAACGACAGUGAUGACGCCGACGCAGAGGUCGACAGCGACCGUAAAUCGAAACGCGAACGAAGUCGAUCUCGUCUCCGCAACCUGGCCACCGCCGGUGCUGGUGCCGCGGCGGCUGCCAUCGGUAUCAAGAAGUAUAGCGACAGCAAGAGGAAGAAGGAAGAGGAGGCAAACAGGCGUGAUCGCAGAGACCACGAGAGGGAUCGUGAUCACGACCGCGAUUUCGACCGCGACCAUGAUCGGCAGCGUGACUAUGACCGUGAUGAGGAUCAGCUGACGCUCUUGACUACAGACCAUCGUGACGAUGAAGAAGCGUAUGAUGGCUACUAUGACGACUACGACAACAGUCGGCCGCCCUCGCCACCCCAUGCAUCGGGAGGUGCCUUCUAUCCGCCUGCUCCUCCCGGCGGAGCCCCAAUUGGUAACACAGGGGGGUUGAUGCAGCACUCAAAUACGGCAACUACCAACCUGAAUGAUUCCUAUGCUCCGUACAACCCCGUCGACUACAGCGGCUACCCGCCUCCACCUGGCCCGCCGCCGACACGGGGUGCUCCGGAUGUGCAGGGGGGCGCCCCGAUCCCUCAUGAAUCUUCGUCUGGCCCUGUCCCUGGGCCUGCUCCCUACCCGGCAUCAUACCCUUCCACGCCGGCUGCGAUUCCUUCCGAACCGGUGGAAAUUCCUCCAGAAGGUCCGAUUCUACCUGGUCCAGGUCCAGCAUCAGGCGCUCCUCCUCCUCCUCCCGGUCCACCACCGCCUCCCGUCGGCAACGUAUAUGAAGCACCAGGCGCCAAUGCCAAUCACAACCCUAAUGCCUCCGGUCGUGGCCGAGGCCGCAGCGACGACAGUACGAUUCUCAACUCCCGUCAGCCGGCCGCCCACGAUGGUGAUCAUGUGAGUUUUGCCGUUCCUUUGAAUACUGUAAAUGACAUUGAGGAUCUUCCUGCCAAACCGCAAGAUGCUCACGAAGAGACCAAGACCGUGGGCUUCGCCCCAUUGUCGCCUCAAUCAUCGCGUACUCUGCGUCGUCAUCACGCCGAGGUCCCGCACAGCCACCGUCGGCCGGCCGAUGACGACGAUGCCGUGGAAGAGCUGCCAGACCGCUUUGAUUCGCAGGGCCGACUUCUUGGUGGCCACAGUGUGGGAAACUCGAGCCGAUUUGGCCCCAGCUCCCGGCAUGGUGACUUUGAGUACCGUAACCCUGAUGGACGGCCAGAUGGGUGGCAUGCACGUGGCCAAUGGGGCAUCAUCAGUAACAAUCAUGAGGGCGGUGUGGACACGUUGGCCGAUGCUGUACGGGGCAUUCUUGAUGGUAUAGGUGCCGCAAGCAGUGGUAGUGGCAGGAGUGGCCAGCCUGGUCUCCUUGGGCUGGUUGGAGGCGUUCUUGAGGGCUUAUCACAUGGCCAUGAAGGUGGUUCAAGCCAAGCCUUGGCGGACCGUGAUGAUGAACGGUCAGACGACGACGAUGGGAAAAAACGCAAGCGACGAAAUACGUAUGCGGGCAAGGGGGCGCGAGACAGUAACCAGGACGGGGACAGUGCUCGAGACGGCCACAGAAAUGACCGACACCGAGAGCGAGACCGCGAUCGGGCGACAAACCUCGAGUACCUAGGCAAUGGCUUCGCGUUUGAUCGAGAUGGCUAUGACGGCAACGAUGCUCGGAAGCGACGACGGAGUUGGGCAAACUGA